AUGGGCAGCCAAGAUGACCAGUUCACCAUUAUCAUUGUCGGCGGCGGCAUUGCCGGGUUGGUUGCGGCCAUCGCCCUUCGCGCCCCCCGUCGCCACAUCACCGUCCUCGAGCGCUCGCGCAUGCUCCACGAAGUCGGCGCGCUCAUCUCGCUGCAGCCCAACGCGAGCAAGAUUGUCACCAAGCUGGGGCUGGACCCGUUCCUCGCAGCGGCGUCGCCUCUCGUGGACCGCGGGUUCCGCCUGUUCGACCAGGCGGGCCACGUCGUGCGCGAGCUGCCCCUGGACACGGCGCGCUUUGGCGCCGACCGGGUGCUCUACCACCGGCAGGACCUGCACGCCGCGCUGCGGGAUGCCGCCGUGAGCGACGCGGGCGUGCUGCCGGGCGCACCCGUCGCGAUCCGCACGGCGGCGGCGGUCGUCUCGUGCCUGCCCGAGGACGGCCUUGUCGUGCUGGCCGACGGUUCCCGGCUGCAGGGGGAUCUCGUCGUCGGCGCGGACGGCAUCAAGUCGGUCGUGCGCAGCAGCGUGCUGGGCGCGCAGGCGGCGCAGUACCAGCCCAUCCCCACGGGCCUGUCGGCGUACCGCGUGCUGAUGCCGCGGUCGCUUCUGGACGGGGUGGCGGGCCUGCCGCCGUCCGUCACGCUCAGCGAUCCGGCCAUUACGUCCAUGGUCGUGGGCGGCGACAGACGCGUGAUUAUGGGGCCGGGCCGGGGCGGGGCGCUCUAUGGGUUCGUGGCCCUGGUGCCGGACAGCAGCUGCGCAAACGAGGCGAGCGCCAGCGAGGAUACAAAGGAGGACAACGACAGCAGCUGGGUCCGGGCAGGCAGCAAAGCCGAGCUCAAGGCUGCGUUUGCUGGCUUUGCCCCGUGGCUGAUGGACUUGUUUGAGGCUGCCUCUGACGACGACAUUGGCCUGUGGCAGCUGCGCGACUUGGAUCCGCUGCCGCGGUGGACGCGAGGCCGUGUUGUCUUGGUCGGCGAUGCCGCGCAUGCGAUGCUCCCGACCCAGGGCCAGGGCGCGAGCCAGAGCGUCGAGGACGCCGAGGCGCUGGCGGCGUUCUUGGCGGAGGUUGGGCCGGGGGCGACGAAACCGACGGGACAGGAGAUCGACAGCGUUCUGCAAAAGGUGUGGGAGGCACGCCACGACCGUGUCAGUUUGAUUCAGGCCUACAGUCGACAGCAGGCGAAGCCGGCGACGGAGUCGGGCUCGCAAAAGGUGACACUGGACCCGGGCGAGUUCUUGCAGUUCAACUGCGACUAUGACGGCGCCGUGGACUGGUUGAAGAGGAGGCGUGCUGCGUGA